CUUGAUCACUCAGCAAUCAGCAGCUCUCUUGAAUCUUGACUCACGUUUGACGUAAUAUUUCGUGGUGUAGUAAACAUGGCGGAGGAACUAAAUGUUGAUAGUCUUAUUCACAGACUUUUAGAAGUUCGAGGAUGCCGCCCAGGGAAAACAGUGCAGAUGUCAGAAUCCGAGGUACGGGGAUUAUGCACCAAGUCCAGAGAAAUAUUCCUACAACAACCAAUACUUUUGGAAUUGGAAGCACCACUCAAAAUUUGUGGUGAUAUUCAUGGACAAUACACAGAUCUGUUGCGUCUGUUUGAGUAUGGCGGUUUCCCGCCCGAAGCAAACUAUCUAUUUUUGGGCGAUUACGUAGAUCGCGGCAAACAGUCUCUCGAAACCAUAUGCCUUUUACUCGCUUAUAAAAUCAAGUAUCCAGAGAAUUUUUUCCUAUUGCGCGGUAACCAUGAGUGCGCGAGCAUAAAUCGUAUUUAUGGAUUUUAUGAUGAAUGCAAGCGCCGGUACAAUAUAAAACUGUGGAAGACAUUCACGGACUGCUUCAACUGUCUACCUAUUGCUGCUAUCAUUGAUGAGAAGAUAUUCUGCUGUCAUGGUGGACUUUCACCAGACCUUCAGGGCAUGGAGCAGAUCCGACGAAUUAUGAGACCCACAGAUGUGCCUGAUACUGGAUUACUUUGUGACUUGCUGUGGUCAGAUCCUGAUAAGGAUGUGCAAGGGUGGGGUGAGAAUGACCGCGGUGUAUCAUUCACAUUUGGUCCAGAUGUUGUCAGCAAAUUCCUCAAUAGACAUGAUUUGGACUUGAUCUGUAGAGCUCAUCAGGUGGUUGAAGAUGGCUAUGAAUUCUUUGCCAAACGACAACUAGUAACACUCUUCUCAGCUCCUAACUAUUGUGGUGAAUUUGACAAUGCCGGUGGUAUGAUGUCUGUGGACGAGACACUUAUGUGCUCUUUUCAGAUCCUGAAACCAUCCGAGAAGAAAGCUAAAUAUCAGUACAAUGGCAUCAACAGCGGGAGGCCGGCCACGCCUCAGCGGUCGCCACCCAAAAAGAAAUAACUGACGUUUGGGAUCCAGUGUGCUGCACAGUGAGAAGGAUGCUACAAAUACAUAAUUUUAUUGUAUCAUAAUAUUAUAUUGCAAUCCUAAGACAAGGCCGAAAUUUGUAUAGUAAAUUAUUUUUCCACUUUAUGUGCCUUUAUUUUGAGAAUGAACUACUCUUUUUUGAUCAAGUUCGGCUGUGUCUCUCGAUUGCAGCUUUUUCGGUCCCUUAUGCAAGCCUUUCCUCUUCUUUGACUCAUCGUAGGAAAAUUUAGUGAAAGUGGCAGAUGCGGGCAUUGGACAAGCGUUGAGGCAUUUUAGAUUUAGCUUUUAGUGGAUCGAAGACGUUUGAGUUUCUUAUUCUGUAACUAAUGUGCCUAUAAUGUAAAGUAUAAUAGGUCUUAAGUAAAAUUGGUUGAUUAAAACAAAAAUUAUACGUUUUUACGACAAAGUUUUCUAAAAACUGCUGUCGUUCUAAAUUAUAUUUCGUGUUAUCUUUUAUUUGGACAAAUUGAAAGGAGGAGCAGGCCUAAGAAAUGAUAUUAAUCUUCACCAGUAGCUAAUAAGUUUAUUUAAAAAGGUCUUUGCAAUUUCAUAGGAGUUUGCUGAUGUCCCCAGUGAAAUUUAUGUUUAUUGUCAUGCAGUAUUACUUUAUAAUAAGUAGAUAUUUCAAAAUUAUUGACAAAUUAGCAAAACUCCUCAAGAGGCUUUAUCUUCAUGUCCAUUACUUGAUAUAAAUUAUGACUGUAGAAAGCAGUGUAGUCCUCGCAACAAUAGUGCAAUUGCUAUAAAUAAAAAAUUAUAUGCAGGUUUUGCAUU